AUGUCUCAGCCCAAUGGCGGCCAUGACUUGGCCAGAAUGCACACCAAUGACAUUGAGGUUGGAGUUUCGGACGCGCUCCAGCGCCACAUCACAAGACACGUGGUGGCCCCUAAGCCGGUCUCGCAGCGCAAACUCAACUUUGAGCACAAGCGACCUCGCAUCCUGCGCGAGAUGAUGGCCGAGGCCACUGGCGUGUUUUUCUACGUCUUCCCUGGAAUCGCCUCAGUCGCGUCCUUCACACUGGCGACGACCAACCCGGUAGCUGGGCAGAUCGGCGUGGGCAUCUUCGGGUCUCUGUUCCAGAUCGGCUGGGCAUUUGCUAUAGGCAUCGCCUUUGCGAUUAUUACAUGCGCCCCGGUUUCCGGUGGUCACUUCAACCCUGCCAUCACGAUUUGCUUUGCGAUCUGGCAGGGGUUCCCCUGGAAGAAGGUGCCACACUACAUUUUUUCCCAGAUCUUUGGGGCCUUCAUGGCCGGUCUGGUGCUGAUGGGUUGCUACUGGCCUCAGAUCCAGGCGGCCAAGGCGAUCGACCUCCGUGAGCACGGCACGGCCGUGUACAAUGGUGGGGUGGCCAGCAUUCUCUGCCCGUUUCCCAACCCGGACCAGACGAACCAGGGGUAUUUGUUUUUGCAGGAGUGGUUUGUCGAUAGCUACAUCGGCAUCAUCAUCUGGACGUGCCUGGACCCAGCGAACCCGUUCGUCAGCGCCGUGUCGGUCCCUUUCACGAUUGGCAUCGCUUACGCGACCAUGGUGUGGGGGUUCGCGGGCAACACCAUCUCGACGAACCUCGCGAGGGACCUGGGCACGAGGAUCGUCGCCGCCAUCUUUUUCGGCAAGGAAGCCUUCACCUUCGACAACGGCUACGCCUGGAUUAGCAUCCUUGUCAACGUCCCUGCCACCAUCUUCGCAACGGGAUACUACGAGUUCCUCAUGCGCGACAGUCUGCAGAAGAUCCACGGCGGCCAUGCCGAACACGCCGACGGCGAGGAAGGCUUGAAGAGGCACGUGAGCCGUAUCACGGGCGCAGAUUUUGGUUCCUCCGCCGCCUCUGCUGAACAUGUCGACCAGGAUCCAUGGCAGACGAAUCGCGGCGCCAUGAAUGCUGCCGGUGAGAAUGGCAUUCGAAGCAAGCAGUUCUGA